AUGUCAGGCAGACGACCACCCAACCAACGGAGGAUACCUAUCGGAGCACAUAAGCAAAUAACUGCAUCCGAAAAUGACCCCGAAGAAUGGCCGCAGGACAAUGACAACAUAACCCAACAACUCACAGAAGCACAACGCAAAGCCUUAGAACUUGAAAGGGAGAACAAGAACCUAACAAGCCAAGUCCAUGAUUUGAACCAAGUGCUUGUUGAGCGAGAACAAGCCUUCGCGCAAUCGGAGCAAGAGCUGCGAAAGACCCAAAAAGAUCUCAAAACGAUAGAAUCCCAAGUCAAGACGAACGAGGGGCAUGUCCAAGCCGCCUACAGCGAAAAUACUCUGCUUAGUACGAAGAUCAAUGCGCAAAGUGGCCAGAUCAAUCGCCUUCGUCAAGAGCAAAAGAAGUUGAAAGACGAGGAGGCUAUGCGCCGUGGUGAGAAUGAGAAGCUACAGCAGCAGAUGCUUGAAGCAAGUCGAGAACUUAAUGAACUCAAGCAGAAGCUGGCAGCGAAGGAAUCGGAAUCUGCAGCGCAAGAAGCGGAGAAGAGGCAGCUUGCUCAGGCGAUGGAUAAAUAUAAAGGGAACGAUGCUGAAUUAAGAAAGCAGUUAAAUAGGCUUGCGGAGCAGGUGCAUACGAAUGAGUCUGCGAUGGCAAUAGAUACUGUCGCACAGCCUACAAACCCGAUGUUAUCCGCCUUGGUCCCUUACACCCAGAAUAAGCUGAUUGCUAGCAACCCCUUCGGCUCCUUCAACUUCCAGAAACCAUCUCUGACACUGAGGCAGGAAUUGGGAAGUAGCUUGUAUAGUGGAUCGCAGAGCACUGGAAGUAGCGAUGCCCCGACACCGGUGGGCCAGAGAGGCAGCAUGAGCAGCAUUUUCAGCGCGCCAGCGAUCCCUGCUCAGAAUCUUAGGCCACCCAUUGAGGCGGUUCCGGUGGACUGGAGCAAUAUCCAGCAGGCUGCCAAAACUGGCGCCAUUCCGCAUGUGGGACAAGCCCCUGUACCUAGUUCCAGCCUGAAGCGACCUUUUGCUGGAUUGGAAGCCCUGCAGGGCUUUGAUGGCUCGGAAGAGGCGAUCAAGAGGCUGCGUGUUGCUGCCGAUCAGCAGAAUCUUGGGUCCAAUUCAGACAACUCAUUCUUGACUCUUUUCCAAAAGUAUUUGCAGACGUUGCAGGAGGCGACUAAUCAGAACCAGAGUCAGCAAGAACAAUUAGAGUUAUUUAAGAGAACUGUCCAAGCUCUGACCGCGCAAGGCAAUACGAGCUUUGGAAGUCAGUCUUUGGACCCUCAAAUAAGUUGGAUUCAUGAUUAUCAGAAAGCUGCUGCACAGGCAGCUAAUAAUCCUUCAAAAGCUCAGCCUCAGGCUAUAGUUACCGGCGUCAAGCAGUCAAAAAAAUCACAGUCCAAAGAGAAGCCAAAAAGAUUCCUCACACGUACACCGCAGAAAUUCGAAUCAUGGCCAGUGUAUCUGGAAAAGAGAUAUAACCCGUCGACGUUAUUGACAGUACCACCUAUUCGAACGACACGAAAGAAGUUUGCCAAUUUCUCCGUCCCUGGAGCAUUUGUUGAAGAUGAUAAGACUGAUAGCACAGGGUCGGAGUCGCAGUGGGAGUUUCAAACCGCACCAGAGUACCACGAACCUCAGGUCAGUGUCCCAGAGCAAGUGCCGAUACCACCUGCUGUCAUAAUGGCACGGUUGGCUUUGCUCUUAGUGGGAGCUUUUAUAAUUGUGACGGCCGUGGUUGAAAAUCUAUUCGGACAGACAAAUAGAACGCAGGACGUCUGGAUGCAAUAUAAUGAGGUACCUGAGGAUGUCUUGGCUAAAGUCCGGGGCAGCGGACCCCCUGUUGUAGGGUCGAUGCAGGGCUUGGAUUACACCUUCGCAAGAUUCGUCGAUAUCAGAUCUCGCCUAGUGGGAUGA